CUAUACUUCACCCAGGAAGGUCUCUCAACAUGGAAGACAAGGAGAAAAUUACCUAGUGUCUCUCUCUAUCGUGCUAUUUUCCCACUAUUUUCCCUCAUGUUGGACCUCGAUAGAAUCCCGAUCCCCUCACUCGGCGGUUGUAGAAGGUGUGCGCGAAAGCUUCAAGCUCAAUUGAAGCUUUCGAUGCCGUUUUAAUGGCACUAUGAACCUAGACUCGCUAACUAAUGCUUUGUCUCAUAUUGGUCACUCGGUCGCCAGUUUGACAAAGAAAAACCUGAACUCUAGUAAGGAAGAGAUUCAGAAAGUGGUGUGUCAGUUCGGUGGAGAGGCAGAGCGACACUUGUACCGGGUGUUGAUUGGUCACUUGGAGUGGUCUGGGCCGUCAGGCGGAGAAUCUCACCGGCCUUCACCUAACAACAACAACAACAACAACAACAACAACAAUAACAAAGAGAAGGAGAGCGCCCCCAGCUCAAGCGGAGCCACCCUCUCGUGGUCGGCAGCGGGCAGUGCAGGCUGUGCACUCCUUGUGCAGCAUUUGUCUGCCACACUUCCCCCAACACAUUUCAUUGCCAGCCUUGCUUUUGCAGUUGCAAACCCCCCCAACCCAAGCAAGUAUAUAAAAAGCCAGUGGGUUGCUGGUGUGUGCAAAGUACUCAGGCUUACCAGGGUACAAGAAAUCAAACUCUGUUUACAUCUUCUACAAGGAACAAGUCUUGAAAUACGUAACCAGGCCACAACUGUACUGAAAGCUAAGCUCCCGGAACUCGUUCGGGCAUACGUUGAUACAGAUUCAGAAGACAAGGAACUCUUGGAAUUAUCCACUGAAUCUCUGCACUUGUUGCUAAUCCACAUCGUCCACCUGUGGCGAGACCCCCCAGCAGCUCUUCUACCUCAGGAGUCAAGACAAGCAUUUAUCUCGGCACUCCAGCAGGAGUUUCCUCGAUCUCGUGUGCCUGUCGUUCUUGCUCCCCUCCUUUAUCCAGAUACAGAUAUACUAAUGGAGAAGAUCACGCAAGAGCAGCCAGCCAACAUGGCCAAAAAUCUACAGCUGGACGGGUCUCUGGCAGACUUAGUCCGUGAGUUAGGCUACAGCUUCUGUAGCACAGUGGAAGAAUGCAGAAGCAACCUCGGGAACUUCUGUGUGACCUCCAUAACACCAGCAGCUGUUGCAAAGGUCCUUGGUGUUAUGGUGCGCACUCACACAGGCCUUCCAUCAGAACAGAUUGGUCUUCAGAACCUCAAUUCCCCAAACUCGCUAUGGAGUGAUACGAAAGACAAGAGCUCAAAUAACCAAACGACCAGCUCGGGUAGCGAUGUAACCCUAGGUGGGUCAGGAAGCCUCACGGGUCCUCACUGCUGGAAUGUGGAAGUGUUCAUCAAGGCGCUCCUAGAGGUGGUCCCCAAUAUCAAUGUGAAGGAGGUCUUCAACAAGUUGGACCACAAGGGCUUCCUAGUCAAAGACAGACAGGGUCUCAAAUUGCUUAUCACAGCGCUUGGGUGCCUUCUCCAGGGCCAGAGCUUGCGGCUUGAUUUGUUUCCUGUGGAAUGCUUCUACCAGCAGUGGAAGAACACCGAGGAACAGCUUAGUCUUAUCACACAGAUCCUCAGAAAUCCGGAGAUAUUUUGUUUCACCGAUCUUCCUUGCCAUUUAGUGUCCACUGAUAGCUUGAAGACAUUGCCAGAGCUUGAUAAUAAGGAGGUGGCCACAUGGAAGUCAGUACAACUACUAGAUACUCUCCUUUGCCUCGGGGAGAAUCACUACACAGCUGUGAAGGAGCUCUUCAAGUUUCCCAUCCAGCACUGUCCAGAUAUCCUUGUUCUUGGUUUAAUACAGGCAACUUUACCCUACACUAUUCUGCGGCAAGAUCUGAUUGCUUCUCUCAUUCCAAUAUUUUUGGGGAACCACCCAAAUGCAGCAAUAAUCCUUCAUCAUGCUUGGCACACACAGAACAAUACAACUACAGUCCGCCAGAUUAUCAUGCAUGCAAUGGCAGAGUGGUAUAUGAUGGUGGAGAAUGACCAGACAAGACUAAGCCGAAUUCUUGACGUCGCCCAAGAUCUGAAAGCCCUCUCAUUACUCCUCAAUGCUCAGCCUUUCCCAUUUGUGAUAGAUUUGGCUUGUUUGGCCUACAGACGAGAGUUUUUGAAGCUGGAUAAGUGGCUGACAGACAAGAUCCGUGAGCAUGGAGAGGCAUUCAUCUCGGCAUGCGUCAAGUUCCUGCAGCGCCGGUGUCCUCAUCUGGUGGGUGGCAAGGAGGAUGGGAUGCAGAAAUCUUCGCAACUUCCUCCUGAAACCAUGGCCACCAUUCUUGUGUGUCUUAAUGCUUGUGCUUUAAAUGUGUCUCAAGAAUUGUCAGACACCAUUGUGACAAUGGUUCAACACUGCAACCUGAUGAACAGACCUCGAACACAGCAAGGAGUGAUUGGCUUCCCUGGUCCAUCUCAGCAGCAGACAAGUGAAGGCAGCUUGGGUGGCAUCGCCUCUAGCCUGAGCAGCCUGAACCUGGGUGGAGCAGGUGGCACAUCCUCCAUCUUCCCGACCUCUGCCUCAUCAUCCAUGAGUCUGGGUAGCUUGGGGUCGCUGGGCACAGCACCAGGAUCCCCUGGGCGUCCCCUAGGGCCUUCUACUGCCCCUGGGACAUCGCAGUCUCCCCUCUCCUCUAUCCUGCCUGCUUUACAGCUGGGCCCCCCACAUGCAGCAGCUGUGGGCUCUCAGCUGCCCACCUUGCCCACCUCCUCUAUCAUCCCGUCAUCUCUGAGGUCCCAUUCCGUGCAGCCCACCGUCAACCCCCCCAGCAGGCAAAUGGAUAUGUCCCAAAUCUUCGACAUGCCUCAAAUGGUGAGCAAAGAGGUUGAAGAUGAAGCCAAUAGUUACUUCCAGCGUAUCUACAAUCAUCCACCCCAUCCUACCCUCUCCAUUGAGGAGGUAUUGGACAUGCUGAAGAAAUUCCAUGAAUCGACCAACAAGAGGGAAAGGGAGGUCUAUUCGUGUAUGCUCCGAAAUCUCUUCGAAGAGUAUCGCUUCUUCCCCACCUACCCAGACAAAGAACUCUUCACCACUGCCAGACUGUUUGGUGGCAUCAUUGAACAGGGUCUAGUCGAAUAUAUGGCCUUAGGUGUAGCACUCAGGUAUGUCAUGGAAGCUCUCCAGAAACCACAUGGAAGCAAGAUGUACUACUUUGGCAUUGUGGCACUGGACAGGUUUCGCAGUCGUUUGAAGGAAUACCCUCGCUAUUGUCAGCACCUUAUGGCUAUACAGCAUUUCAAUGAAUUUCCCCCACACCUUAUAGAGUACAUCAAGUACGGAACACAGUCGCAAGAACCCCCCUCACGCCCAUCUGGUGUUGUGCUCCCUCCUUCCAUGAAUGUGUCACCAAGCACCCCGGCCCCAGGCACCUCAGCAGUCGCCGUCACGGGUACUGUCGUUCAGCCACCCCCUGCUGCGGUGUCAGCUGUGGUGUCAUCCGUUGCCAAGACCCUCACUGUCACCACCACCACAACAACUACCACCGCCAUCACCAGACCUCAGUCAAUGUCUGUUCCGUCUGCACCAGUGGGAUCUGGGAAGCAACCAACAAUCACAACAACCAACAUUGAAACACUGUUAGUUGCCACAGAAAAAGAAGAAAAGAUUACUCCUCCACCUGAGCAUAUGCAAGAUAAAAUUGCCUUCAUUUUCAACAAUCUUUCUCAAGUAAACCUUCCUCAAAAGUGUGAAGAGCUGCGUGAAGUGGUCAGCGAGGAGUAUUGGAUUUGGGUCGCCCAGUACUUGGUGAUGAAGCGAGCCUCCAUUGAAAAUAACUUCCACACUCUUUAUUCCUUGUUUCUUGAUCAGCUAAAGAUGAACAAUUUCAAUGCUAUGGUUUGCAGGGAAACUUUAAGGAAUAUUAAGGUACUCCUAAGGGCUGAUAAGUCUUCGGCCAACUUUUCUGACAAGUCACUAUUGAAGAACCUUGGACAUUGGCUGGGCAUGUUGACCCUGGCCAAGAAUAAACCUAUCCUUCACUCGGACAUCGAUAUGAAGUCUUUGCUUGUUGAGUCUUACAACAAAGGCUUGCAGGAAAUGCAAUACGUGAUUCCAUUCGUAGCCAAGGUAAUGGAGUCAUGUGCAAAAAGUCGUGUAUUUAAACCUCCUAACCCUUGGACAAUCGCCAUAAUGAAUGUGCUGGCAGAGCUCCACAAGGAACCUGACAUGAAGCUCCAUCUCAAAUUUGAAAUUGAAGUUCUGUGUAAUAGAUUGGAAAUUAAUUUGGAGGAUCUGAAGCCAGCAAACAUCCUGAAUGACCGGGAACGAAUUGCACGCCUGAAACCCCAGCUGUCGCAGCUGGUAGGAUCGAAAAGGGCUGAAUCGACUCCACUCUUCCCAGCUCUGCAAGCAUUCUCUUCAUCGACCAGUUUCAUGCACCCGAUGAAUACUGGCAGCCGAUGGGUAGCCAAUCCGAAUAUAAACCACGCACCGGGACAUGAAGUCAUCAAUCAAGCAAAGACAAGUUGGUCACAAAUGGGUCCAACAGGGCAGGUGGAGAUGCCCACCAGCACAGUCACCGUACAGAGCUCAUCUGUGGGCGCCACGCCAACCCCUCCAUCAGUGCUGCCACCUCAUCCCUCCUCUACCCCAACACCUAUCCAGCCUCAACAACCUUCGGUCAAUGAGCCACGGUUUAUCUACUCUGAUAUCACCGUCACAUCCCUUCGGGGACUUGAGCCUCACAUAUCUGUCUCAGUACCUCAGGUUGGUGGCAUUGCAACCAAUGCUCAAUUGAAACAGCUUGUGCGACAUGCUGUAGAAAUGGCAGUCCAGGAGAUUGUGACAGCAGUAUUGGAGCGCAGCAUCAAGAUUGCUAUCACCACAGCGGAGCACAUAAUCAAGAAAGACUUUGCUCUGGACCCGGAUGAGUCUCGGAUGCGAGUUGCAACUCAUCACAUGGUUCGCAACUUGACAGCAGCAAUGGCAAUGAUAACAUGCAGAGAUUAUCUGGCUACAAAUAUUGCCAAGAGCAUCAAGCAGGGAUUGAUGCAGGCUUUUUCACGAACAAAUCAGCAGCAGCUGCCACAACAGCUAGAGCAGAUGGAGCAGCUGGCUGCAGCCAUUGCUCAAGAGAAUGUUGGUAUAGCUUGUGCCUUUAUUCAGAAAACUGCUGCAGAGAAGGCUGUGAUUGAGAUGGAUAAGAGGCUGGCCCAGGAAUAUGAAGUGAGGAAAGCGGCAAGGACAGAAGGCCGCCGCUAUUGCGAUGCAGUGGCUUUGACAUACCAGGCGGAGCGGAUGCCAGAACCCAUCCGCCUGAAAGUGGGUGGCGUCACCCAACCUCAGAUGGCUGUGUAUGAAGAGUUUGCCCGCAACAUCCCUGGCUUCCUUCCCAUUACUGAUCAGGAUACCAUGUUCUUGACCAAGCCUGUUCCUAUUAGCUCGCAACAACAGCAGCAGCAACCCCCUCACUCACAACAGCAGGCCUUUGGAAGUGAUGAGACAACUGCAUUCCUGCUUCUGACGGAGCGCAUCAGUGCUGAGCUGGAACACACCAUCCAGGCCUUCACUACCCUGGCCCCAUCAUCCUCCCUCAUCCCGAUGCUGCACUCGCUCAGGGAAGGGCUUCUGCUCACCCGUACCAACCGAGAUGCGCACACUGCUCAGCUGCUGCUCAGGAAGGCUGUGGAGAACCUCCUGGAGGGCGCACGAGAGCUGCCCACUGAACCAGAACUGAGCCAGCUUGCCCUUCGGUUCCGUGACUGCCACCUGAUUGUUUUGAAGGCCAUGGCUGAUCAUCGUUCCUAUGGAACCAACUGGACAUCGAAGAAUGUUACCAAAUGCUGGGCUGAAUCGCGCGAAGAAUUGAAGUACAACUUGGAUGUUGUCGACUGGCUGAUCCGUUCCAAUUUGCUGAACAUGCAGUUGCUGGACGAACACCUUGCUAGAACUCUAGAUGAUCCAAGGCUUCCAUCCUACAUCCCUUCAUUUUUCAUCAUGCAGCUUGUUCAGAUUUACCUUGUUGACGACCCCAGCAACAGCUUCCUGAGUGAAUCAGACUUGCAGCUAACACUGGAAGCCCUAGUUCGCAUGUGCCACUCCCGGCAGGCCCCGGAAGGCCUUGUGCCCCUCAUUGAUGCACUGCGGCUGAAGCAUGAUUUACUGGCGAGCGAGCGGCUUGCAGGGGGCAGCAGCCUCAGCGGCACAAAUAGUGCCCUGACUGCUGGGCCAAGUCUCCACUUCCAUUCGGGUGUGACGCAGGCAAGGGACUUCAGUGAUCCCCCAGCCUUGCAGGAGAAGACCGAGGUGUUGCUGCGGGAGUGGAUUCAGAUGUACCAUUCCCCAACAGCUGGCCAGGGGUCGGCCUCUGCCUUCCAGCACUUCGUGAAGCAGAUGAAUCUUCACGGAAUCCUCAAAACUGAUGAUCUCAUAACCAGGUUCUUUAGGAUCUGCAUAAGCAUGUGUCGAGACCUUUGUGUCCGAUCGAUUCUUGAGCAAGGCCAAGGCCCUUCUCCUACCUACGUUCGCAGCAAAUGCUUCCAGAAUCUGGACGCCUUUGUACGUCUUAUUGCCUUAUUAGUCAAACACUCGGGGGAGGCAUCAAACCCAACCACAAAGAUCAAUCUUCUGAAUAAGGUCUUAGGACUUGUGUGUGGCAUCAUGAUCCAUGACAUUGAGUCAAACGGCACUGAGUUCCAGCAGCUUCCAUAUCACCGCAUUCUCAUCAUGCUUUUCCUUGAGCUCAACGCCCCUGAAGCGAUCCUAGAGUCCAUCAACCUUCCGGUAUGUGAAGUUCUGAUGGCCUUCACCCAAACGCUGCAUCUGCUUCGCCCGAGCAAGUGCCCAGGGUUUGCCUAUGCCUGGCUGGAAAUUGUGAGUCACCGUGUCUUCAUUGGCCGCAUGCUGGCCAUCACCCCCCAGCAGAAGGGUUGGUCCAUGUACUCCAUGCUGUUGGCUGAUCUCUUCAAAUUCCUGGCACCUUUCCUGCGGAAUGCAGAACUCGCCAAGCCUCUGACAAUGCUCUAUAAGGGUACACUACGUGUGCUACUAGUCCUGCUCCACGAUUUUCCGGAGUUCUUAUGUGAAUACCACUAUGGUUUCUGUGAUGUCAUCCCUCCAAACUGCAUCCAAAUGCGCAAUCUCAUCCUCUCGGCUUUCCCUCGGAACAUGAGGCUCCCCGACCCCUUCACCCCCAAUCUGAAAGUGGACAUGUUGCCCGAGAUCACUGUCUCUCCCAAGAUCCCCACCAAUGUUGCUAGCCUCAUCCAGCCCCCAGAACUAAAGAAGAACUUGGACUCCUACUUGAAGAACAGGACGCCUGUCACCUUCCUCUCAGACAUGCGGACUUUCUUGCAGGUCAACAAUGAACCAGGGAUGCGCUACAACAUGUCUGUGAUGAACGCUUUGGUGCUGUAUGUUGGCAUGCAGGCUAUUGCUCAGAUCCAUAGCAAAGGCCUAACUCCAUCCAUGUCUACCAUUGCUCAUUCCGCCCACAUGGACAUAUUCCAGAAUCUUGGUGUUGAUUUAGACACAGAAGGUCGCUACUUGUUCCUGAAUGCCAUUGCCAACCAGCUGCGGUACCCCAACAGCCACACCCACUACUUCAGUUGCACACUUCUCCAUCUUUUUGCUGAAGCUAACACUGAAGCCAUCCAAGAGCAGAUCACGAGGGUACUGCUGGAGCGACUAAUCGUCAAUCGUCCACACCCAUGGGGGCUUCUCAUCACCUUCAUCGAGCUCAUCAAGAACCCAUCCUUCAAGUUCUGGAGCCACGAGUUUGUGAAGUGUGCUCCGGAGAUCGAGAAGUGGCCCACUACCUUCUUACAGGCUUUUUGAGUCAGUGGCACGCUCCUGCAUGGUGCAGAAAGUCGCACCAAGAGGGGAUUCGGAGGCCUGAGUGCAGCUGUAGCACAGCCAGGCAAUACGGCCAGGCUCUAGCCGACGCCGUUCGUGGAGGCGACUGUCCAGGGAGUGAAGAGUACGGACAUCGGAGGCUUUGGAAUACCUGUGGCAGAACUUUGCUCAUGUCAACCUUCAUGCACCAAAUGCAGAGAGAGAAAUAUGCGAUGGAUAAAAAAAGGACUUGGUAAAAAAAAUAAUAUAUAUAUAUGAAGAUGCAAGCAACUAGGAUUGUCUUGUUUGAUGAGGUGCCCAACAAAGAACAAACCAUGAAUAUUAAAAAGAAGAAGAAGAGAAGAAAAAAUAUAUAUAUGGUGCAGUAUUAGCAAUGUUUUGCUGAAUGAUAUGAAUGAUAUAUAUAUGUAAAGAUGUAUGUAGCUGAGAGAUUUGAAUAUGUGAUAAAACUACUUUACCUGAAUCCAUGUCUUGAAAAAAAGAAUAAAUGCCCAAUAGAUUAGAGGUAAACAGAGCCAUUGGUAUGCUAUGGCAGACCAGUUGACUAAAGUGUUCUGUAUGUUUAAACUUCAAAAAUGAGAAGCAGUGUCUUUAUGGUGACUAUAAGAGUACAGUUCCAGUUUUUUGUCAGAACAGAUGGCUGACCCUCCCUCCGUUUUUUUAAUCCAAGGUAGGGAUCCUGUCUUGCAUUGGGUUAAGAUUACGAAUAUCCUUUGUAGAAUGUCUUAGAUUAUUAUUAUUAUUAUUAAUAUCAUUAUGCAGCUUUGAGUUGUUUCAAGAUAUUUUCCUUGACAUCUGUUGUGUUUAUGAUAUACAUAGUUGUUGUAAAGCAGCAGCAAAGUAUACUGUCAAGGUAUGUGAUUAUCUUAAGUCACUGAUAUAAAUAUAUUAUUGUUUCAUAAUUUGAGUUUUCCUGGUGAAUGUUAUCAUGUAAAACUGAAAGACCAAGAACUGUACAAUGUACUAUAUUAAGGACCUUCAAAAGUGAAGUAAAAGUGCAUUAAGUUAGAACAGGUUGUAUAAUUACAGAUGGUAUUCUGUAUAGACAGAGAAAUAUAUUUCCCAGACAAAGCAGCCAUAAGCCGUGUGUCAAAGUGCAUAAAAAUGACAAGGUGAAUUCCAGUGAGAGUGUGAUAUGUACCUAUACUCUUGUGAUCUUAACUUCCAGGGAACCAUGUGAUGAGCUAUACCUAAGAUGUUUACAUAAUUAGAUGAUGUACAUUUCUAGAUAACAUGGCCUUUGCUAAGCAGCCUCUGCAGUAGGAGAGUGAGAAUCAAAGUGUUGGGCAUCCGAGUAAAUGUAAAAGUGUUACUUCCUAGAUCUACCCGGGUCAUUCACAGUAGAGAUAUUUAUUUAGUUAUACUAUGAAGCACAACAGCGUGCAAUUAACAAGUUCAGUUGAUGCAGAUGGAAAGUCCUUUAUAACUCUUGGAUGAUCAGCAAAGGCAGUUUUAUCAUCUGAAUCCAGUGUGAUAGUGCUUCAUAUUAUGCAAAGAUGACUAUGGACGCAAAGCAUGUACAAAAUCCCUUCAAAUCCUUCCUUUAUAUAAUUUCGCAGACUUGGAAUUCCUUCUACUACAAGGUACUGUCUGGUAGUCACUGUAAGAGUUCAUAGUUCGUAAGAUGUCCCCAUACCCUUGAGGCUUUCUGUCCUGCUGUAAAGUCUCUUCUUACAAGGUAAUACAAUCACUACCGCCACAACACACACUAGACUCGGGGCACUAAGUCAGUCAUGCCCAUUGCCCCUCAUCUCCCACCCCUCCUCACUCAUUACAAGUUUUAACCACCAAAAGAAAGAAAAGUUUUAUUAUUAAGUAACAGUAUCCUAAUUCAUCCCAUCGACUUAUGGGAAGUUUAGGCACAAAUCAGAUGUGAAUUAUGUUAAGAAUUAUUACAAUUCCUUUCCUUCUCCUGUUUCCAAGGCCUUGCUUUUUUAUUUUUAACUUUCAGGGCUUUACGAAUCACAUUUUUUGUUACCACAUAGCUAUGUAAUUAUGAUUAUUUUUUUUAUUGGUAGCCAGAUGAUCAAUUAACCUUGAUUGGAAAUUUUUGAGUCUCCAUUAAGUAUCAGUAUAUUAAACCUGGGAAUUAACACCUUCUGUUACCUCGCUUCAAGGAAACGUCACAACUCUCUGAUGGCAUAAGGAAUACAAAUUAGCAUUACUGUUACAUCACAAUUAUUUUGUAUGAAAUUGUAUAAUAAAUAAACGAGUUGUUGAGGGUUUUGAAGAGAGAACUUUCUGUAAAUGGACCCAUGGUGUGAGGUACUUUGUUGUGGCUGUACAGUUCAGGUUUAUUUUUGUUGAUGAGGAUUUUCUCUAAAGAUAUGCAGUUUAACAGUUUGUGUCAUAUUCUUUAGUCCACUUUAGGUUAAGGAUGUGAAUAAAGGUCUCUUGUAGCAAAGCAAAA